AUGACGGAUUCCAUUGAGUGGACACGCCUAGGCAGCUCUGGGCUAAAGAUCUCCAAGGCAGUCAUUGGGUUUAUGUCGUAUGGGUCUAAGCGGUGGGCUGAUUGGGUCGAAGAGGACGAAGAGCAGAUCUUUGGGCUCCUGAAGAAGGCUUAUGACGUUGGUCUCAGAACUUAUGACACUGCGGAUGUUUACUCAAAUGGUGAGUCGGAGAGGAUCCUGGGGAGAUUCCUGCGCAAGUUUGAGAUUCCAAGGGACAAAGUUGUCAUCAUGAGCAAAGUGUUCUUUGCAGUCGAUGAACAAUUGCCUUUGAAGCACGGGAACCUGGCAACAGACGACUACACCGUAGAGCUGAUCAAUUCACAGGGGCUAUCACGCAAGCAUAUUCUGGACGCAGCGGAAGCUUCUGUGAAGAGACUGGGCACGUACAUCGACCUCUACCAGAUCCACAGAUAUGACAACGAGGUGCCACCUGAGGAGACGAUGCGGGCGUUGAACGACGUUGUGUCCCAGGGACUCGCACGCUACAUCGGCGCAUCGUCCAUGAGGGCCACGGAGUUCGCGCAGUUACAGUUCAUAGCUGAGAAGAACCAUUGGCACAAGUUCAUCUCGAUGCAAGAUUACUACAAUUUGAUCUACAGGGAGGAGGAACGUGAGAUGCACCAUUUUUGUGCGAAGACCGGGGUUGGGGUGUUGGCAUGGUCGCCGAAUGCGCGUGGGAUACUCACCAGACCAGUUGAUAACGCCACCAAGAGGAUCAAGUCCGACCCGACGUUCGUUGGACUUGGACUGGACAAGCUUACCGCUGUUGAUAAGGCCAUAGUUUCCAGGGUGCAGAAGCUGGCCACGGAUAGAGGUGUCAGCAUGGCCAUUGUCUCUACCGCGUGGGUAAUGUCAAAGGGACAUACGCCAAUCGUCGGGCUUAACUCCACUGAGCGUGUUCUGGAGGUUGUUAGGGCAAGCCAGCUGUCCCUGGACCAGGAGGAGAUUGCAUUUCUGGAAGAGCUCUAUGAACCUAAAAGAGUUGUUGGGUUUAAAUAG